AUGAGGCUCUGGUGGAGAGAUACUCGUUGGCGACAAGCGAUGCAAAAACAGGUGGAUGGAUUCUGCUCGGCUUCGACAGGGGGCUGCAAUGCUUCGGACAGGGAAUUGGCCAAGCGAUGGAUGGACGACCGGCUCAACUCAACCAUCUUCGGACAGACGGCGGAGUCCUUCUUCGAGUCCACCACGGGCUUCGGAAGAGAGCUGGGGCUGGAGAUGAACGGCAAAGUUUGGACUCCCAUCCCUCCAAACUUGAUGCUGAACACUGCCUCUAAUCCUCUGGGGAAGACGGAGUUCGAUCCCAUCAUCAGCCUCACGCAGCUCGAAAACGGGGAUCUCGAGGCAUGGUGGGUUGAUAGGGCAAAGACUUCCUUCGAUGUGUCUCUUACCUACGAGCACUUCCCGUUCGACACGCAGCACUUGGAGCUAUGCAUUCCCUUUGACUACUUCUCCGACCCCUACGUGCAGGAUUCACUGGAAGGCCCCAACACUGACAACCCAAUGGAGAUCGAAGAGUUUGCCACGAGGUGGGAUGGUGCGUCUCCAGUCUCGCCGGUAGCGUCCAAGAGCUUUGUGGCGAAGUUAGAAAAUCUCGGCUUCUCGGUGAUUUCCAUCGAACCCACCCGCGUGGACCUGUCGAGGGCAACGACCUCCAUCUGCGUGAAGGUGACAGUGUCCCGACGGAUCACCAUCCUCAUCCUCCGAUUCUUUUGGCCCUUGACAGCUCUGCUCUUCAUUCCAUUCGCCGGCUUUUUCAUCCCCAUUGACAUGGUGAUGCCGCGAGUGGCCACUGGCUUCAUCUCCUUCCUCUCGCUGCAGGUCUUCAGGACCUUGGCGUACUCGAUGAUCCCGAAGCAGACAUCCUCCUUGCUUUGGAUGGAUGUCACGAUGUUCUGCGUUACGGUGAUCAUGUUUGCCAGUGUCCUGGAGAAUGUCCUCGCGCAGGCUAUGCGUGCCACGGUGUCGACAUACUCGGCUCGCUUCGUGGAUGACGUCUCCCGGGUCAGCUUCCCGCUGGUAGGUGUCGUGGUGCUCACGGUGCUUUUUGUCAUGGGUGCGGCAAACAUUGACACAACGUGGAUCAUGAUCGUCGCUCUCUGCAUCACAUGUGGUUGGCUGGUUGCAUUUGGGGCUGCCGUGUUUCUCUACGUGCGAUAUCUCCCUCACCGGCUGAUGAGCAUCCUGAUCCGGCAGAUCUCCUCCUCAGACUUCCGAUACCAGAAGGCCAUGGUCCUUGACCAGAAAGAGCUCGCGCUGAUCUUUCGCACCUUUGACGACGACGGCACCGGUGACCUCAGUGCCGAGGAGGUCAUCGAGAGCUUCGAGGCGCGAGGCCUUCGCUUCAAGGAUCAGGAGGACGAGAUGAACUUCAAGACUCGGUUGAAGCAGAUGUUCCGUCAAAAAGGUGGAAACAGGCUAGACCUGAACGCGUUUUGCCACCACUUCGGUGAACUUUUCAGAUACCACGCUGUCGACCUCGACUCUGCGCCUCCUACGGAUGGGCUCGCAGCUGCAAAGGAGGUCGUCCAGCAGGAGUCCUUCGGGUCCCAGAACUCCUUUUUCGGCGUCUAG